AUGGAGGGGUUAAAAGUUUUGCACAUUAGGGGAUUAUCAGAAGAUAUGGAAGCAACUAACAUUGUUCAAUAUGCUAUUCCUUUUGGAAAGAUAACAAAUUUAAUGUUUGCUAAAAAAACACGUCAGGCCCUUCUUGAAAUGGAAGAACUUAACGCAGCAAUAGAAAUGGUAAAUCAUUACUGCAAGAAACCUCCGAUGCAUAAUGGGAAAACUAUUUAUAUACAAUAUUCUAAAUAUGAUGAAUUGGAUAGGGAUCUUUCUAAACAGAUCGGCGUUUGUAACUCACCAAUUAAACCUUCACCUGUUCUAAGAGUUUUCAUUGAAAACAAAAUAUAUCCAGUUACUUUAAAUGCUUUGAAACAGAUUUUUUCUGCUCAUGGAGAUGUCCUAAAAAUAGUGACGUUUACUAAAAAUUCUAUAUGGCAAGCUCUUGUCGAGAUGGAAAAUAGUGUUUCAGCUAUGACUGCUAAAAAUCAUCUCACUGGAAAAAAUGUUUAUGAUGGAUGCUGUACGUUAAAAAUUGAAUUUUCUCACUUGGAUAGCUUGAAAAUACGUUACAACAAUGAUAAAACUUUUGAUUUUACUAAUCCUGAUCUUCCGCAAGCCUCCUCUAGAAAUUCUCCACCGCGAUGGAUGAACCAGCCAGAGGCUGCACAACAAAAUAACGCCGCCUUGAACGAACCAGGACAUUCCUGGCCCUUCACUUUGCCUCCAUUCGAUAAGAUUACACCUGAGGACAUCUUUAUUUUAUUUGGUGUUUAUGGCAAUGUGGUAAAGGUCAAAAUACUUUACAACAAUAAGGAUUCUGCUUUGGUUGAAUUUGAGGAGGAUUAUCAAGCUAGAGAUGCUAUUCAGAAUUUAAAAGGCAUAUCAUGGAAUGGUAAAACAUUGAAUGUGGUUUCUUCGAAAUACUGCAGCAUAAAAAUGCCAAAUAAAGGAUGUGAAGAACCUUGGCUUACAAAAGAUUUUACUGGAUCAAAGUUACACCGUUUCAGACAGUUGAACUCUAAAAAUCAUCGCCAUAUAUUCCCGCCGUCAUCCACUCUUCAUCUUUCGAACAUUCCUGAAUCAGCUAGUGAAGAGACUCUUAUAGAGCUUUUUAGAGAAUAUGGAAAAGUGUUAUCGUUUAAAUUUUCAAACGCUGACACCAAGAUUGCUUGGAUAAAGUUGGAUUCUGUGGAAUCUGCAGUACAAGCAUUAAUAAAAUUGCAUGAUUACAAGCUUUCCGAUAACAACAACUUGAGGGUUUCCUUUACCGGCCACAAUUUGUAAAAAAUUUUUGCGCUUAUGUUCCUUUCUUUUUAUAUGUUUAGAAGUAAUGAUAUUUAUUAGAGGGUUUUAAAUUUGACCUGGCGUGUCAUGUUGUUUCAUUAGGCAGACAUUAUGGUUUUACUUCAUGGAAUGCUGUUUUAUUUUUUGCUAUAUUCAUUUCUAAACGUAUUUAUCUGCUAUUUUUCAAGUUUCAAUUUAUAUUUUUUAAUAAAAGUCUGUGUAAGUC